AUGAAUUUCUACAAGCCGAUUUUGUCCCUCAUCGCCUUGGCUUAUUUGACCAUGGCUGACGAACUCGCGUCAAAUAGUUUAAUAGAGCACAGCGAAACCUCAUCGGAUGCAUCCAAUGGAGGCACCAACUGGGGACAAGGAAUUAGCAGCCGGAAUUCGGGCUAUUAUAAUAAUCCACGCGUUUAUUCGCAACGUCCAUCACCGUAUCAAAGUUACAACCAAAUUAGUUCUCGGGAUUCGACAUCUUACGGUGGUACACCCAUUCAUAUCGCCAAUGCUGGUGUCAAAAGCUACGCUCCUUUGACGGGAUCCGGUUAUCCAUCCCCUUCCUAUCCCCAAAUUUAUCCUCCCGCUAGUUAUCCAGCUGCUCCUUCCUACCCUGUGCCCAGUUAUGGCCAUGAAGAUUUAGUUCAACACUCUUACGAAGACCACGAAGAGAAGAACCAAUUUGUUAAGAAGCAUCUUGCUUUGGGCGUCUCAUUGCCUUUGAUUCUUGUACCUUUGGCUGUUAUUGGCGUUUUGGCUGUUUUGAAUUUCCGUGCUGUGUUUACUGUUCUCGUCAUUCGAAGUCUGUGCAGUAACGACGCCUUCAGAACGAAUUUCAGUCAACUCUGCACGUUUGUCGAUAACAUCAACAAGCGAUCCUCCCCUGACCCUAACGGCUUCAAGAAUCUGGCUAGGAAAUCGCACAAGUUUUCACGGUUGAUGAGCCUCCUAAACAGCGCCAGAUUUAUUGCCAUGGAUCACCUCAACACUUUGCCUAAGGAAAACUGA